AUUUAAGCCCUAAAUUAAAGCUCGCUGUAGUUUAACUGUCUAAUUUUCUAAUUGUUGCUGCCUCCAAAGGCAGAAUUACUUGUUGUGACUAACCAAUGAUCAUCAAGCUAACCUCUGGGAGAACCAAUCAUCUUCUUAGAUGAGGAGCCGCUGACCAAUCAGCAUCCAGUAUCUCUCUGCGUACUGUUGCGCGCCCUUGAACCUCUUCAGCUCCCAAUCAGGAGGAAAAACACUGAAGACCGGCAAGAAAGGAACAAAGUGAUCGAUAUUACAAUACCAGCAGCGCCUGAUUGUCCUGCUGUAAAAGUGCUGCUUAUCUGCAGUCUGAAACCGGCUGUCCUGUUUGACGAUGGCAGAUAAGGACUCCUUAUUGGACAGUCUUGAGGAGAUGGACGACUUUUCAGAUCCUGGCAGUGACUACGAGCCCACAGGAAAAUCUAUGAAGCGGAGUAAGCAGCCAGUGGCUGGACCUCAACCACCCAAGAGACCCAGGCGUAGGGCUGCACUGAGGGGGUCCAGCCCCGUCCCCUCUCCUCCAGACCGCCCCCUGCAGCAGCAGCGCUCCCGGAGGACACCCAAACAGGUCUGGCCUAGACCUGUCAUAGGAGUGAAUGAGGGGAGCCAGGGCAUCACUGCAGAGGAAAUCUAUGAGGCUGUGUGCUCUGGAAAGAGUGCCAUGGUGACGCUGGUGGACGAGUGGCUGGACGGCUACAAGACGAACCGAGAGUCGGGGCUGCUGGUGCUCAUCAACUUCAUUGUUCAGUCCUGUGGAUGCAAAGGUGUGGUUACCAUGGAGAUGCUGAACAACAUGCAGCAUGCUGAGAUCAUCAGCAUUCUGACCAAAGAGUUCAAUGAGGACUCAGUGAACUACCCUCUGUGCACCCCCGGCCCUCAGCUGAGGGCGUUCAAAGCCGGCUUGUGUGAGUUUGCUGGUGUUCUGGUGCGCUCCUGUCGGAACAGCCUCCUCUAUGACGAGUUCCUGUUCCCCUCGCUGCUGGCCCUGCUCACCGGCCUGUCGGACUCCCAGGUCAGAGCCUUCAGACACACCAGCACCCUGCUGGCCAUGAAGCUGAUGAGCGGCCUGGUGGAGGUAGCGGUGGCGGUCUCCGUCCAGCUGCAGACCAGCCAGCGGCAGCUCGACCUGGAGAACAGCAAGAGGGAGCAGGACAGAGCUACUGACAAGCUGGAGGAGCUGCAGGCCGCCAUCAGAGAGCUGCAGGAGAACAAGGCAGAGGUAGCCUCCAUUAUGAACGCUACGGUUCGUGGUGUGUUUGUGCACCGUUACCGGGACCGGCUGCCUGAGAUCCGGGCUGCGUGUAUUGAGGAGAUGGGUGUGUGGCUGAAAACAGACCCGGAAGACUUCCUGAAUGACGGAUGUCUAAAAUACCUCGGGUGGACCCUGCAUGACAAGCAAAGUCCAGUGCGUCUGCAGUGUGUGCGCGCCCUGCAGGCUCUGUACCAGGAGAAGGAAUUCAUUGGCCGCCUGGAGCUUUUUACCAGCAGAUUUAAAGAGAGGAUGCUCAGCAUGGUGCUGGAUAAGGACCCGGAGGUGGCGGUGGAAGUGGUCAAUCUGUUGCUGCUGAUCCAACAGGGGACGGAGGAAGGUCUGACUGAAGAGGAGAGCGGCCUCAUCUACCCGCUGGUUUAUGCUUCCAACAGAAGCCUGGCGUCUGCAGCCGGCUGCUUCCUCUGCAACAGGCUGAAAACUUUGAUUGCCAGUGACAGCCAGAAGAGCGAUAAAAGUGAUAACGCAGCCUUCAUACAAAUCCUCAUCUCCUUCUACAUGCAGAGUGAGUUCCAUGAGCACGCUGCGUACCUGGUGGACAGUCUGUGGGCGGCGGCCAAAUCUGAGCUGAGAGACUGGGACACCAUGACGGCGUUCCUGCUGCAGAAGGCCGGUCUGCUGUAUGAGGAGGAGGGGGCUCUCAUAGAGCUGAUGCUGUGCUCCGUCAGACAGGCAGCACAGGCCAGCCCACCUGCUGGCCGAGCCCAGAGCAGGAAGAUCCUGGCUAUGAAGGAUAAGAAGAUCCAGGAACAAGAUAAGAGACGGAUCACCACACACUUCAUCCCGCUGCUGCCGCAGCUGCUGGCCAAGUACUCGGCAGAUGCAACCAAGGUGUGUCUUCUCCUCAAAGCUCCUCUCUACUUCCAGCUGGAGAUGUACAGCAGCGCCCCGUCGCUGAAGCAUCUGGACCUGCUGCUCUCUCAGGUGUGCAGCAUUGUGGAGAAGCACACUGAGGUCGCCGUGCUGGAGGCUAGCGCUAACCUGGCUAGCACGCUUUGCUCCGACUGCUACACCUUCUCCUCCCGCGCACAUCUGGCGUUCAGCCAGCUGCUGGACGGCCUCGCAGAGUGCUUCAGCUCCUACAUCAGUGACCUGCUGCAGGGCACUGCGGAUGAUGACGAUGUCUACAGUGCAGCUGCUGCUUUAAAAAGGAUCGCAGCCCUGAGCAGUGCCAGGGACCUGACGGGCUUGGAGCUGUUCGACUCUUGUAUCGAGCUUCUGAAGAGCAGGAUGGAGUCCACAGAGCUCGACACAGAGCUCCUGGUGUCGGCUCUGAAGUACGCUGGCUUCUACCUGAUGUGGAAGAAAGUGAAUGCAGUCAACUCCACACCGACGGAGGAGGAACAGAAGCGUCUGAAGAAGCAGAUGCGUUCGUUCUGCAGAGUGAGUCAGACGUGUCUGUCUGUGAACCAGGCCGAGAUCAGAGACCAGGCGUUUGAGCUGCUGUGUGACCUGCUGCUGCUGUUCGGAGCCGGGUCGGUCCGGUCUGAACCGGCCCUCCAGACGCUGGUCCACCUGCCGUCAGACUCGCUGCGCUCAGAGAUGGCAGCGUUCCUCCUGGACUACAUCUUCUCUGAGACUGAGGAGACUCAGUUCAACGUGGAGAACGAGGAGGACUGGAGGAUAACUCUCCUCCAGAGGAGGCGCAACCAGCUGGCCGGCUACUGUAAGCUGGUCAUCUACGGCGUGCUGGACCUCACCGCCGCCACCGACGUCUUCAAACACUACAGCAAGUACUUUAAGGACUUCGGCGACAUCAUUAAAGAGACGAUCAGCAGGAGCAAGCUGAUCAAUCCCACGCUGAGCGCCAAGACGCUGUGUCUGAGUCUGCAGCAGCUGUUCUCAGAGAUGCUGACUGAGGACCACAGCAGGAAGGACCUGGCUGAGAUUAGAGACUUGGCUAAAAGACUCGCCAUGAGCUUUGGCAUCGACCUCCACCGCGUCCGCAGACCGCUGGUGGCCCUGCACAUGGACGGUAUUCGUUUUGCCUUCCGGGACCUUCGAGAGGGAGAAGAGCAGCACACACAUGAGGCUUUCCUGGAGAUCCUCAGCGAAUUCAGCUUCAAGCUGCUGCAGCAAGACCGAACCCAGCUAGCUGCAGCUCUGAGAGCAGCGUGCCCCGAGGCUGCCCUCUCCUGGCCCAGCGUCAGAACAUACCAGCGCUCCCUGCUGCUCCGGACCUCAACCAGAGCCACAGACCAGGAGCAGGGAGGCUCCUUGGUGUCCUCAUCCAGAGCCACAGACCAGGAGCAGGGAGGCUCCCUGCUGCUCCGGCCCUCAACCAGAGCCACAGACCAGGAGGAACAUGGUUCCCCUGCAGUGAAGCGCAGGAAGCCCAGUGUUUCUGCUCAGGGUUCAGCAGUCAGCUCCGCCAGAGGAUCCUGGUUGGACAGCUUCAGUAUCCAGAGCGGCCUGCAGAGCCCAGACCUCACCUCCACGGCCCAGAGGCAGCCGGUCCAGAGGCAGCCGGUCCAGAGGCAGCCGGUCCAGAGACAGCCGGUCCAGAGACAGCCGGUCCAGGGACAGCCGGUCCAGAGACAGCCGGUCCAGAGACAGCCGGUCCAGGGACAGCCGGUCCAGAGGCAGCCGGUCCAGAGACAGCCGGUCUCCAGGAACCCCGGAGCCCCACAGUCUGACGAGCUGGAGUCGGAGGACGAGUUCUCCUCAGCCAGGAACCAGAUGAGGAAGGUGAGGCCGUCCAGACGCCAGCCGUCCUGCAGCCAUGCCGGACCUCCGGACCAGCAGGACCUGGACUCACACCUCACCCUACUGUCUCUGAUUGAAGAUGAUGUUGCAGAAGGAGAAGAGCCGGAGAUUGAGGACUUUGAGAGUGAUUCUGAACAUCAAUCUGCAUAUUCACUGCCUUCAACCCGUCACUCCUCCACCAACGUCCUGGAUGAGCUCUUCGACUGAGACUCCACCGUCGGGGGAACAAAACUUCUUUUCCAUGAAUAUUUCUCUUUAACACGACUGUGUUUACAGCGGUUCCAGUACAUUUGAGUCCACUAAGUAUCAGGUCCACCUGUUCUCUGACUGAGUUCACCUUUCAGAUCUGUUUUCAGUUUGUUCAGGGGGAAGAGAAAGGCAAAAUUGUUAUGAAGUUUGGGGACUAAAGUUGUUGCUAUUCACUAUUAGGAAUGUUUCUGUUUUGAACACAAAAUGUUCUAAAGAUAUUGCGUGACGUUCAGGUAGAUGCCUGUUGGCUGCAGAAAGCUGAAAGUCUCCUCCUGGGUUCCACAUUUACAAUUAAGUUUCAUAAUAACUUUCAUUGUUGUUGACCGCACAUUUCUUGUGUAACCUGUUAAUUAAAUGUUAAUUAAAAGAUGGAUAAUUGAGCAAAGUAA